ACUUAUGUAAUUUAUUUUUACUCAGAAAAUGUUUGCUGAAUACUUGUAAAACAUAAUACAAAGCAAAACGCUUGAUUUGACCAUGCUUAAUUGUACAUCUGUGUUUUAUCUCUUAACAAUUUAAUAAGAACUUUAGUAUAAUACGGACGAAUGAAAAAGCUAAUUUUUAUUUUUCAUCAUAAAUAAAAAAUAUCUAUUUCAUUAUAAUGGAAGAUUUAGAUUCUGAAAACUCGAUUGAAAAACGAAGUUUUUUUCAUUCGUUUCCUGAUCUCGAAAAACAAACAGUUGAAAUACGCAAUGGAACUCAAAGUACAAGUGAUUUCAAUGCUGCAUAUAACCAAAAAGCAGCUAGUCUUGAACAAGUCAGAUCUGAUCAAUUGAAAAAAAAAUCAUAUUCAGAAAAAAAAAGAGAAAAGUUGCUUAUGCAGUCUUCAGCAGAUGGCUGUUCAAAGAUUAGAGGUGAAUUUUGUUCUCCAGAGUCCCAGUCAAAAGGUUCUGAUUUUAAUGAAAGUAGUAGUAAUAAAAAAUCUGGAGUUCGCUUGAGCUGGAAAAACCUAUCAGUUGCUACAAAACCAAAAAGUUUAUCUUUAUUUAAGACUAUUUGUCGAAAAUCAAAGACAUUAAAUGAAGGAAAAGUUCUUCUCAGAUCUUUAAAUGGAGCUGCUGAACCUGCAAGUCUGCUUGCUAUUAUGGGUGCUAGUGGUGCUGGUAAAACAACCCUUUUAAAUGUUCUUUCUGGUCAAAAUGUUAAAGGUUUGGAUAUAAGUGGUGAUAUAUUAGUCAACAAUGAAAGAGUACAAAAUAAAAUUAAGAAUAUAUCUGCUUAUGUACAACAAGAAGAAUUAUUUAUUGGAACUCUGACUGUCAGAGAGCACCUUCUCUUUCAGGCAUAUCUAAGAAUGCCAGAGUCAUUUUCAGUUAAAGAAAAAGAGAAAAAAGUUGAUAAUGUUAUAGCUCAGCUUGGUUUAACCAAAUGUCAAAACACAAUUAUUGGUGUUCCAGGACGGAUUCGGGGAAUAUCUGGUGGAGAAAAUAAAAGACUUUCCUUUGCAUCUGAGAUAAUUACUGAUCCUAAACUUCUCUUUGUUGAUGAACCAACAUCAGGACUGGAUUCUUUUAUGGCAGAAAAUGUUAUAAUUUGUUUGCAAAAGAUUGCUAGCGAAGGAACAACUGUUAUUGCUACCAUACAUCAACCAUCAUCAGAAGUGUUUCUUCUAUUUGAUAGGUUGUUGUUGAUGUCUGAAGGUCGCACUGCAUAUUUAGGAAAACGCGAAGAUGCUUUUGGAUUUUUUGAAAGAGUAAACUAUCCUUGUCCUUUAAAUUACAAUCCAGCUGAUCAUUAUGUUCAUACACUGGCAAUUAUACCUGGAAAGGAAGAGGAAUGCAAGGCAAAGUGUGAAAUGAUAUGCGACUCUUUUGUUUCUGACCUUAAGAUUCCAUUGAAUGGAUAUGAAUCUCCAGUCAUGUUGCAACAAAAAUACUCAACCCAAAUUUAUAAAGUUGGAUUUUUAAAACAACUAAAGGCAACAUUAUGGCGAUCUUGGAUGUCUGCACGAAGAGAGCCUUACAUUAGCACCAUUAGAAUCAUGCAAAGUUUUGUAAUGGCUCUUAUUGCUGGUCUAGUUUACCUAAGAGUUGGAGACAGUGAAUCACAGGACAAAGUCAUGAACAUUAAUGGAGCAAUCUUCUUUAGUGUGACCACAAUGUCAUUUGGUUCAAUAACUGGUUCUUUGUUUGUGUUUCCUGCAGAACUUCCUGUUUUCUUAAAAGAACACAAACUUGGAAUGUAUCGAACUGAUGUUUACUUUAUUAGCAAAACAUUGGCAGAGUUUCCAUGGUAUUUCAUUGGUCCAGUAAUUUAUUCUCUUAUCUAUUACUUCAUGGUUGGACUUCGUCUAGACACAGCAGCUUUUUUUCUCUCCCUUGUUGUUCUAGAGCUUUUAACACAGAGUGCUCUAUCAUUUGGGUAUUUAGUAUCUGCUGUAUCACCUACUAUUCAAGUUGCAACAGGGAUUGGUCCACCUUUGAUUAUGCCUUUCAUGUUGUUUGGUGGCUUUUUUCUUAAAGAUAGAUCAAUUCCUGUAUAUUUUAUUUGGUUAAAAUGGCUUUCUUGGUUUAAAUAUGCAACGGAGUGUCUUCAAAUUAUACAGUGGGAUGAAUAUGGAGCAAUAGGCGGAUGUUCAGGUAACCAAACAAUGUGCUACCAUGAUGGAAAAUCUGUUCUUGUUACCAACGGUUAUUCAGCGAGCAACUUCAAUCGUAAUAUUGGUCUUCUGGUAGCAUUGGGUAUAGGUUUUAGGUUGUUGGCAUUUUUAUUCGUAUUGAUUCGAGCCUACCGUGCAAAAUAAAUAGAUAUGUACAGAGCUCUGACAAAUUCAUGUUAUUUAUAAAAGUUUAUUUAUUACUCUAUUGUAUUUAAAUACUGUGAUUUUUUUAUCUAAAUGUGUAGGUUUUCGAAUCGAUUUCUAGGUGUGAAAAAACUUUCAAUAAGAUGUUAUAUAUAUUUUAUAAAUUAUUUAUCGAUAUUAAAUAACAUUUAAUGUAACAAAAACAAGCAUUUGUUAAUAUAGCUAUUUUAACUAAUUAUCUUGUAUAUUAAUGUUUUCUAGCUAUUAACGUGACAAUGUUGUUUGUUACAUAAUCUUACAGCUUCACUACCUAAUUCACUUUACAUUAUGCAGUUUUUUCAUUUUUCUUCGAAACUUGACACUUAUUGAUAUUAAAUUUGAUUUUAAUCUUGACAAAAACAGUUUUACUGGCUUAAGUUAUAAUCGUACGAUGGACUGACUUUAAAAAACUUAAAUGCUGUUCAGACUUAGACGUAUGCAAUAUUUUGUUUUUAGAAACUUAGCGCGCUUAUAACUUUUGCCUCAAGCAUUUUUUUAUAUGAAAUAUUCAGUUUUCAUAUGAAAUAUACAGUUUUACUAAA